AUGUUUGAUGAAAGCAAGUUCGAUGAAAGCAAAUUCAAUGUCAAUCUCAAGCUGUGGGCUCUUAGAAUUCCCCGUGAGCUCUGUAAAAGCGUUACUCGCAUACUCAAUGGAUACAUGCUCAACAUGCCACGGAUUAAGCCCAUCAUUGAAGAUCCUACCUGUGAAAAGACUCGUUUGGUGAUAUUAUCCGAAGCUGUUAAAAAUGUUGAUUUGUCUGACAUCCCCGAGGAAAAAGUAAACCAGCUUAAGAAACUAAGUGAAGUUGAAGUAGUUCCUCAUUCAGUCACUCUCGGUUAUUCCUAUUGGAGUGCAGAUCAAAUAUUGAAGCAGAUUUUGCCAGAUGGAGUGGACAUACCUUCAUCUUUCGAAACAAUAGGUCAUAUUGCCCACUUAAAUCUACAUGAUGAGCUCCUUCCAUUCAAAGAUGUUAUAGCAAAGGUUAUCUACGAUAAAAAUUAUCCAAGGAUCAAGACAAUUGUUAACAAAGUCGGGACAAUCUCUAAUGAGUUCCGAGUGCCAAAGUUUGAAGUGUUGGCUGGAGAAAACGGGAUGGAAACAGAAGUAAAGCAAUAUGGGGCAAGAUUCAAGCUGGACUACAGCCUGGUUUAUUGGAAUUCAAGACUGGAGCAUGAGCACAUGCGCCUUUCAUCUCUGUUCAAACCUGGAGAAACCGUGUGUGACAUGUUCGCUGGUAUUGGACCGUUUGCUAUCCCAGCUGCGCAAAAAGGAUGCUUCGUUUAUGCAAAUGAUUUGAAUCCAGACAGUGUUCGGUACCUGAAGAUCAAUGCAAAGUUCAACAAGGUUGAUGAGUUGAUUUGUGUGCACAAUAUGGAUGCUCGGAAAUUUACCUCUCAGUUGAUGUCUGUCUCAACUUGUGAGAAUAAUUUGCAAUCAGUUGCUGAUGACAAAGCAAAGGAAGAAGUCUCAAGCAUAAACGAGCCUCUUGGUGCAAAUAAGAAGCCAUCUAGUGAUUCUGAGACAGAGAAUGGAGUAGGGAAAGACCGGAAGAGUGUCGAAGGAAAUGGAAAUAAGAGGUUGAGACAAACUCUGCUUCCAGUUGCAAAGCCAUGGGAACAUAUCGACCAUGUUAUUAUGAACCUUCCAGCUUCUGCCUUGGAGUUUCUCGAUGCUUUCAGUAAUGUAAUUCAAAGGAGAUAUUGGAAGGGAGCUCUUCCUUUGAUCCAUUGCUAUUGUUUCAUUCGUGCAAGCGAAACCACAGAGACGAUAGUUGCAGAAGCUGAAACUGCAUUAAAGUUCCGUAUAGAAGACCCGGUCUUCCACAAGGUUAGAGAUGUUGCGCCAAACAAGGCCAUGUUUUGCCUAAGUUUUAGACUACCUGAAGCAUGCUUGAUACAAGAAGCCUAA